CCACACAACAGCUUUUUGUGGUAAAAGUUGAACUAUUCAGAUAGAAAAUUUCCCAUUAAUAUUAGGUUUUGAGAAGUGUAAAAAUACAAACGCUUCCUAAUGCUUCUUUGUUCAUCCGUGCCAGCUGUGAACCCACUGUUGUUUUUCAUACAAUGAAGGGGGAAAUAACGAAAUGAAAAAUAAGGACAACUCGAUCCCAAUAACUGGAAAAAUCCCUUACUCUAUAUUCGCGUAGAUGGCACGAUUAGCCAUCUAGUAGCCGCAUAUUAUCAAAUUAGGAUUCAAUGGACUUCUAAUCUUGCAAAUCUUGGGGGCGGAUCGGACUGUAUGGGAGGAGACAAUACUCUUAGUCGGUUACCAUGGUAGCAAUUUGAGGGAGCGUCAGAAGUGGGUUAAAUUUGGGCUUUAACUUACGCACGUCACUGGGACUGAAGAGCUAGCGAAGUUCGAAAUUCAUCGGAUCUGUUAAUGUUUGGGUUAAGGAUGUAAAUGGUCCUGAACUUAUCCUGUCGAAUUAAUUUUUGUAAUAUAGCACAGUUAAAACAGCAAGUUCAUGUAACACCAUUUUGGUUUUCUGUAAGAAAGAAAACUUCAAUCUACAAUUCUAAAGACUGAUCAUAAGUUAAUGAGAAAACUAUUUGUUAGUCAUGUGAUAAAAAUACAUGUUUUGUCUCUUUUGUAAAGCGUGCCGACAUCGCAGUUGCUGCGAUUACAGUAACAGAACGUCGCGAGAAAGUGGUGGACUUUACUGUGCCGUACAUGUACUACACAAGAGAGAUACUUAUCAAGAAAACAACUUCCGCUGGGACGAUUAAUUUAUUCCAGUUUAUGCUUCCGUUUCACCACUAUGUUUGGAUCUGCACACUAGGCAGUCUGGUUAUCAUUGCCAUAGCCGUGUUUGUAAUAAACUAUUACAGUCCUUAUGGAUACAAAGAUGAAACUGGCAAAGGGACAUCGGAAGAGUUUAGCUUUUUCAACAGUGUCUGGUUCUCAUUGGCUUGUAUGUUGCAACAGGGAGGUGAUAACACACCAAGAAGUUUGUCAGGUCGUAUUCUCGCUGGAUGCUACUGGUUCUGUAUUCUUAUCUGGGUCUCAACUUACACUGCGAACCUGGCCGCUUUUUUCACCGUAACAAACACUGAUCUUCCCAUCAACAAUCUUGAAGAUAUUGUGAAGUCCUCUUAUCACGUAGCAGUCGUGGACUCGUCAAGCACGUACGAGGCACUCAAGACAAGUCAGUACGAGCCACAUGAAAAGAUAUGGAAUAGAAUCACAGAGGAAAACACCACAAUUCAAGACACACCUGCAGGUAUUCAACUGGUGCGAGAUAGAGACGAGUUUGCUUUCAUUGGAGACGGGCCAAUUCUCAAACUUGCCGCCAUUCAGCCACCUUGCGACCUAACAACAGGUAAAAUUCACACACAUUCACUCACAAAACUACCAUGAGUAUCACAACUUGUGCGACUCUAUUAAACAAUUAGAUUAUUCGCUCUCGAUUUCUAUCGCG